AAUUCCUCUCUCAUCUCUCUAAAUUCCGUUUCUCUCACUAAAACCACAUAGUCACAUACAUAUAUAGAUACAUAUAGUUGAAUAUAUGUAUAGCAUGGCGGAGCUCGACUACCAAAACAAGCCAUGCAACAACAAAAAUGGCCGCUUGAAACUCUUCGGCUUCAACAUGACCCACCACCAACAGGAUCAAGAAGAAGUUGACUCCGGCGGCGGAUCGCCGCCGCCGGCGCCGGACGGCAGAAAGUACGAGUGCCACUACUGCUGCCGCGAGUUCGCCAACUCGCAAGCCCUCGGCGGCCACCAGAACGCGCACAAGAAGGAGCGGCAGCAGCUCAAGCGGGCGCAGAUGGAGGCCAGCCGGAACGCCGCCGUGUCCUACAUGCGGAACCCCAUGGUCGCCGCCUUCGCCCCUCCGGCGCACCUCCUCCCCGCCCCGACCGCGGGUUCCCCGUCGUGGGUUUACGUCCCACGCGCCGCCGCCGCCGCACCGUUCAACGUGUCGCACGGGUGCGUGUUCCCCGGAGGUGGUUCGACCAGUAGCGGGAGGGCGGGUGUUGGGAACUUAUCGUACACCGGCAGCGUAGGGGAGUCUGGCCUGACAAGUGUGGGCCCACACAGUGGGAGACUACUAGAUCGGCCCUCUUUGAGUAGAUUUUCUAAAGAAGAAGAUGGGCCCACAUUUGAUGAUGGAUUUGGACUGGAUCUACACCUUAGCUUGGCUCCAGCCGCGCCGUGAGUUUCUUUAGGCUCGGCUUGAGUUUUAGGCUCGGCUCGGAUAGUCAGUAGUGCACUAGUACAGAAGCUGUUUCCUUAAUUUCUUCCUCAUCCUAUUUUGUACAUUUUCAAGACUUAAUUAUUUAUUUAUUAUAUUUCUCAAGGAAAACAAAAAUAAA